GGUUGCCUGUAGCUCCCGCAGCGCUCCUGUGAUUGGUUUCCGCUGACUCUGCUCAUGUCAGCUUAGGCGGUGAUGCAGAAUCAGGCGGCGCGGUGCACUGUGGGGAUUGUAGUCCUUUAUCACGUUUUGCAUCCUAAGCAGCGACCUAAGAAAACUACAAGUACCGUUAAACCUCUGUGUCUGGAGGCAAUGCCUAUUCAAGAGACGAGGCACCGCUGUAGAUAUGAUAUGAAUGAUAUUUAUAACACACUCGCAGAGACAGGAGAGACAUGAGUGAGGGGAUGUGCCUGCGCAGAAGGGGGGGCCCUUACCCAACUGCUCCAGCAACAGACCUGACACGCUGGCGCCUCUCUUGCUCAGAGGGUAGACAGACCUGGCACUAUGUGGAAGGAGAAGUUCGAACUCAGAGUGUGCUGGAGGCGCAUUCACUAGGACUGGAUACGUGCGAAUUUUUGAAGGACUUACCAAAGCCUCAUACAGCUCAGGAUGGAGCAGAAAAUGGAAUGACAUUUUAUUCUGCUUUGCAAGCUGAAGACGGACAUUGGACUGGAGAUUACGGCGGACCAUUGUUUUUAAUGCCUGGCCUCCUGAUUGCUUGCCACGUGACUCAGACUCCGCUACCUGAAUCCACCAAGAAGGAGAUGGUGCGCUACCUACGUUCUGUGCAGCUCCCUGAUGGCGGAUGGGGCCUGCAUAUUGAAGAUAAAAGCACUGUUUUCGGCACUGCUCUCAGUUACGCCUCCCUGCGCCUCCUGGGAGUGUCGCAGGAUGACCCAGACCUGACUCGAGCUCGAAACAAUCUGCAUAGUAAGGGUGGUGCCGUUGGUAUUCCCUCUUGGGGGAAGUUCUGGCUGGCUGUGCUCAAUGUAUACAGCUGGGAGGGAAUGAACACGCUCUUCCCAGAGAUGUGGCUUCUUCCUGAGUGGUUCCCUGCUCACCCCAGCACCCUUUGGUGUCACUGCAGACAGGUGUAUUUGCCCAUGAGCUAUUGUUAUGCCACGCGAUUGAGUGCCCGCGAGGAUGACCUGAUCUGCAGCUUAAGACAAGAGCUGUAUGUAGAAGAUUAUAGCAGAAUUAAUUGGCCGGCACAGAGGAAUAAUGUUGCUUCCAGUGACCUGUACACACCCCAUAGCACAUUGCUUAAUGCUGCUUAUGUUCUUUUAAACAUAUAUGAAUCCUACCACAUUGAUGCCCUCCGACGCCGCGCAGUGCAUGAACUCUAUGACCACGUUAUAGCUGAUGACCGGUUUACAAAGUGUAUCAGCAUUGGCCCGAUCUCUAAGGUGAUCAAUAUGCUGGUCCGCUGGCACGUAGAUGGACCGGAGUCGCCGCCAUUCCAGCAGCAUGUAGAUCGUAUACCCGACUAUCUUUGGCUAGGUUUGGAUGGGAUGAAAAUGCAGGGCACAAAUGGAUCCCAGCUUUGGGACACAGCCUUUGCGGUACAGGCAUUCCUGGAGGCUGGAGCUCACAAGAAGAAACCAUUACAGAAAUGCUUGGAGAAGGCCCAUGAGUUUCUACGCAUCUCACAGAUACCGGAUAACCCUCCGGAGUACAAGAAGUACUACAGACAAAUGAACAAGGGAGGAUUCCCAUUCAGCACCCGUGACUGUGGCUGGAUCGUGGCAGACUGUACAGCCGAGGGACUGAAAUCUGUUAUGUUGCUGCAGGAAAACUGUUCCUAUUUAUCAGAUCUCAUUUCAAGGGACAGGUUACGCGACGCUGUGGACGUGCUGCUCAGUAUGAGAAAUUCUGAUGGAGGAUUCGCUACGUAUGAAACCAAACGUGGUGGCCGCUUGCUGGAACUGAUCAAUCCCUCGGAGGUGUUUGGGGACAUUAUGAUUGAUUACACGUACGUCGAGUGCACGUCUGCUGUGAUGCAAGCUCUCAGACAUUACCAGGCAUGGGAUCCGGACUACAGACCACAUGAAAUCAGUGAUACUCUCCAGCGUGGCCUGGAAUACUGCCGCACAUUACAGAGAGAGGAUGGCUCCUGGGAAGGGUCCUGGGGGGUGUGCUUUACCUAUGGCACUUGGUUUGGUCUGGAGGCCUUUGCAUGCAUGGGACAUAAAUAUCCUGACAGGUGCCCGGAGGUCACCCGCGCCUGUGACUUUCUGCUGUCACGACAGAUGGACGAUGGAGGCUGGGGUGAAGAUUUUGAGUCAUGCGAAGAGAGAAGAUAUGUUCAGAGUGCCAGUUCUCAGAUACACAACACAUGUUGGGCACUGCUGGGGCUGAUGGCUGUUAGGUUUCCAAAUGUUGCUGUUUUGGAGAGAGGCAUCAAACUGUUACUGGAGAAGCAACUUGGAAACGGAGACUGGCCCCAGGAGAAUAUAUCAGGCGUGUUUAACAAGAGCUGCGCAAUCAGUUACACCUCCUAUCGAAACAUAUUCCCCAUUUGGACCCUGGGACGAUUUUCCCGUCUUCACCCAGACAGCCCUCUGGCUGGAGCUUACAAGACUAGACAUGGAUAAGCCCCAGCUGGUAUCUGGACAGAACCUAGCAAAGUCUAACAUCUUAUCUACCUCCUAACCUCUGCAGCAGCAUCAAUUCCAGUUGUAAUUUUCAAGAACUAAUUUUCCCUUCUGUCAGACCCAUUUUUAGUACUUUACGUCACUGUCAGUUUGUGCAAUAUUUAAUAUGAAGCAAGAAGAUAACUUUAAUUUUGUACAUUAAUGUAAAUGUGGACAUUUUGUAUUGCUCAGAAUAAAUUCUUGGAUCCGUUUUUAAAUAAUCCUAAAUCUGAAACCCAGUUAAUGUAGAUGACAUUACAUAAUCUGGUUACUGAAUAGUGCAUAGACAGGAAAUGCAAUAACACUACUGAAUUUUUA